CUCUUAUCAUCAGGGAACACUUAUAAUUAUUUAUACUUUCCCCAUUUUAGCUCCCUUGCCUGGGGAUAAUGCAUUUCCCUCUUUUCUUCCCAGCCUGUGGCAAGCCGUUAGUCUCAGGGCGCAUCUUGAAUGGUCAAGAUGCCAAGGCCGGGGCCUGGCCCUGGCAGGUCAGUGUACAGAGAUACGGUUCUCACAUCUGCGGCGGUUCGCUCAUCUCCGAGAGCUGGGUGGUGUCAGCAGCUCAUUGCUUCGAUUCGUCUGCAGCCAAUUCAUCAUAUCGGGUGCUGCUGGGUGAAAACAGGAUUGUCGGUGAGACCCCAACCCAGAUGUUCUCAUCGGUGAAGAGGGUCGUCCCCCAUCCCAAUUACAACAGUAGCACUUUCCUUGCCGACAUCGCUCUGGUAGAGCUGGAGAAGCCAAUUGCAUUCACGGCCUCCAUCAGCCCUGUGUGCCUGCUCGAUGCCUCCGUCCGUGUGCCUGCUGGAGACGCCUGCUGGGUGACAGGCUGGGGGAACGUUCACCCCGAAGUGAGUUCUUCCCUAGCGGAGACACUGCAGGAGCUGGAGGUGAUCACCGUGGACACCACAGUCUGCAACGAUCUCUUCCGGGAAGCAUUACAAAAGCCUGCGGGUGACAACCCCAUCAAAGAGGACAUGAUGUGUGCCGGGCACAUGGAAGGCUAUAAGGGGACGGCCCCGGGUGACUCUGGGGGACCCCUGGUGUGUGAGGAGGACGGGACCUGGUACCUUGCUGGGAUUGUGAGUUGGUUACUGAAAAGACUGAACAGUGUUGCUGCUGGUUACCCCGGGGUCUACAACCGCCCGAAUGUCCACAACGAUUGGAUCCAGGAGAAUGUGCCUGGUGUGAGUUUCAUGGUGGUGAACUUCACUUUGAACAGUGCCAGUCCCUCUACCACCGUCACUACGAACAGUGCCGGACCCUCUGCCAGCAUCCCCGAGAUCCUUCUCCUCACUGUGCUUCUGUGGCUGACCUUGUGA